UUCUUUAUAUCUUCACGGUUUCAUUCUUCUCCUCUCAUCUCCACCGUCCAUCUUCUUUUAAUCUGAACCAUCCAUGUGUCCUCUUCUCUUCAAUCGAAUAAGAUGGGGGUAACGUAGCACGUUAUCCAAAUCCAAAAAUCCAAAGAAUUGUAAAUAUAUUUGAUCGAUUGAUUAUGGCCACUAAAAUGUUCUCUGCAUCUCCGGUAAUCUCCGCCUCCGCCGCCACCAAAGCGCCGCUCCUCCCCAAGGCCGUACCAUCGCGUCUAGGCGCCUCCUUGGCAGCCGCAGUCGCCGCGACAACCGUCCUGACAAUGGCUCCGGCGCUGCCUUCGGCUGGCGAGGGGAACCAAACGUACAGAAUAUACUACGGGACGGCAGCGAGCGCGGCGAACUACGGGGGAUACGGAGGGAACUCGGACAGGAAGACGUCGGCGGAGUACGUGUACGAUGUGCCGGAAGGGUGGAAGGAGAGGCUGGUGUCGAAGGUGGAGAAGGGCACAAACGGAACAGACAGCGAAUUCUACAAUCCGAAGAAGAGGACGGAGAAGGAGUACCUGACAUUCCUGUCUGGGUUCAGACAGCUGGCGCCGAGGGAUGUGAUUCUGAACAACCUCGCCCUGUCGGGUGAGCUGCAGGAUCUGAUCGCAGGCGCAGACAGUGUGUCGGAAGAGAAGAAGGACGAGGAGACAGGGCAGGUUUACUAUCUGUACGAGAUCGAAGGAGUCGGGAAGCACAGUCUCAUCACAGUCACUUGCGCUAAGAACAAGCUCUACGCCCAUUUCGUAAAUGCCCCUGCGCUCGAGUGGAACCGCGACCACGAUACAUUAGCCCACCUUCGCGACUCCUUCAAGACCGUCUAGUUUCACUCGAUCCAUCCAUCUCCUCCAAACAUUUAUUUGUCCCUAUAUAUUUUGCUUUUAUCAUAUGAUCUAUCAUCCUUUGUAUCUUCUUGGGGUUUGUGAUCCUUCCUUAUCAUCAAAAAAUCUUUUUGGAUGUUAAAAGGGACAGUCAAAAUAACAAGGUAGAUAAUUUUGUUCUCUUAA